UUCAUCGCCUAAGGAUCGGGGAGAGGAAGAAGAAGUUUCGGGCGGUGCUGAAAUUAGAUAUGAAAAAAGCAUACGAUUGGGGUUGAGUGGGACUUUCUAUGUGCCAGCAUGUUAAGGAUGGGGUUCGGUCAACAAUGGAUUACCCUAAUCUCAGAGUGCAUCUCAACGGUCUCAUUUAGUGUCAAGGUCAAUGGGGAACCUUCUCUAUACUUCCAACCCACUCGAGGUAUUAGACAACUCUCCCCUUACCUCUUUAUUAUUAUGGCUAAUACGCUUUCAUCCCUAUUGUGCAAAGCCAUGGAAGUUGGUACUCUAAAAGGUAUCAAACUAAAUAGUAACUGUCUCUCUCUAUCUCACCUAUUAUUUGCGAACGAUGCAAUUUUCUUCCUGGAUGGGACUACUAGAGAGUGCCAAAACUUGGCACGGAUCCUGGACCAAUACGGUAUAGCGUUUGGUCGGGCCAUUAACUUGGAAAAAUCAAGGAUUUAUUUCAAGAAAGGCUCGCCGGAUUACUUGAAGAGGAACUUGGCUUCGGAAUUGGGGGUACCAGUCAUAGAAAAGAUGGGGAAAUACCUGGAGAUUCCUCUGAUUGGGGUCAUUCAAAGAAGCAAGUGUUUGCUUGGAUAUUAGCGAGGGUUAACAUGAAGUUAGAAGGGUGGAAGGAAAAAUUAUUGUCUAAAGCAGGUAAGGAAACCUUGAUUAAAACAGUUGUUCAGGUUCUUCCACAGCACGCUAUGUCUAUUUUCAAGAUUCCUAUCUCGGUGUGCAAAGCCAUAAUAGAGCAGAAGACGGCCAACUUCUGGGGGAAGCAAAACUCGCAAAACUGGAGAAAAUGGGAGAUGCUAAAGAAAAGUAAGAUCGACGGUGGGCUGGGCUUCAGAGAUCUUAUCACUUUCGAUAAGGCGAUGCUGGGAAAGCAAGUUUGGAGACUCGCUCAGAAUCCAUCAUCACUGUGGAGCAGAAUUUUCAAAGGGAUUUACUUCCCUAACUGCGACCUAUGGGCUGCUAAAAGAGGAGCUAGACCCUCAUGGGGUUGGCAGAGUUUACUCACGGGCAGGGAUUCUAUUAACCCUGAGAUCAGAUGGGCGAUUAGCAACGGGAAAAGAAUCAACAUUAGAGAGCAAAAAUGGCUACCCCCAGGAGUCUUAGGAGGUCCUGCAAACAGAGGCGACCCCCGCACUGGCUGAUCUAAUCAUUCCAGGGACCAGUUCAUGGGACGAGGAAAAACUAAACUUACUCUUCCAAGAGCAUGCUGUGAUUGAGAUCCUGAAUACCCCCAUCAACCCAAGCCUAACAGGGGAUCAUCAGGUGUGGACAGGCAAUGUUAACGGCAAAUAUACGGUCAGAACUGGUUACCACAAACUCGGAUGCUCAAACCAACAAUCCAAU